AUGUUGAAUACCGUCUGUUCCCCACAGCCUCCAGAAUACACCGAGAUGUCUCGGUUAGCAGAUUAUUUUGUGGUCGUUGGUUACGAUCACGGUAAAGAAAGAGCUGGAACAAGCAAUGGGAUUAUUGUCCAGAGAUUUCCUGAAAAAGACUGGCCCGAUACUCCAUUUAUUGAAGGUAUCGAAUGGUUUUGCCAGCCACAAGGAUGGGCACUUUCGACAGAACGACAGGAGCCACGUUUUUUCGUUUCAAUCCUCACAGAUAUAGAUGCAAACCGUCAUUACUGUGCGUGUAUGUGUUUCAAUGAAACUGUAUCAAUCGUUCCGAGUAAACCGGUUGAUGAAGAGGAAGAACCUGUUGAUGGAGUUAAUCGUACAUUAGUUAGAGCUAUUCCAGCAAUUACACAUCAUAGUAUUAUGUAUGCGCCAAAAUGCCUGGUAUUAGUUUCAAGAUUGGAUUACAUCGAAACCUUUCGGAAUUGUUUGGGUAUUAUUUACACGGUGUACGUUGAAAAUCAUGAAAUUCCUCUGGAAACAUUGGUUGGCAAUAUACUGGGAUGUAUCCAAGUACCGCCAGCAGGUGGUCCGCAAGUUCGUUUUAGUAUAGGUGCUGGUGAUCGGCAGGCUUUACAGCCGCCGAUAAGCCCAUCUCUUCCAAUUACUCAUACUAGUGUUAAUUUAUUAUUCCAACAAUUAGGAAUCCGCAAUGUAUUAGUAUUAUUUUGUGCGGUAAUGACCGAACACAAAAUUUUAUUUCAUUCUGCUAGCUAUUCUAGACUUACCGAAAGUUGUCGAGCGCUUACUGCAUUAAUGUAUCCAUUUCGAUAUACUCACGUAUACAUUCCAUUAUUACCUGCUGCUCUUGUUGAAAUUCUCAGCACGCCAACACCGUUUAUUAUGGGUGUACAUAGUUCUUUAAAGCACGAGACAGCUGAACUUAUGGACGUCAUAGUAGCUGACUUAGAUGGUGGUUCAAUUAUGGUACCCGACGGAUUAUCUCUAGCUCUUCUUCCUGAGCCACUGUUAUCACAGACACAAGACGCUUUAUCACUUGUUCUUCAGCCACAGCUCACUUCCGCGGAUCACGCAUUUCCUCCUGCGGUUGUCACAGCUACAGAUCCCCCAAUGUUAGAUAAAGAAUUAAGAGCGGUAUUUAUGAGAACUUUUGCACAAUUAUUACAAGGAUAUCGUAGUUGUCUUACAUUGAUUCGAAUUCAUCCUAAACCAGUUAUUACAUUUCACAAGGCGGCAUUUGUUGGUGAACGAGGUCUUACUGAUUGUGAUUUCACUAUUAGAGUAUUAGAUUGCAUGUUCUUUACUUCUUUCAUCGCUGAACGUGGUCCACCAUGGCGACCUUGUGAUAUUUGGGACGAAUUGUAUAGUAAUAUUAGUGAUCAGCUCAAACAAGAAUCUCAGGAUCAUGGAUUGGUAUUGACCCAUAUACAAGAAUUAGCUAAACAAUUAGACAAAAAUGAAAAUCCCAAUCCACAAAUGUAUGUACAAAAAAUCUUAAAGCCACCAGAAGGUGCUUUUGCAAGAAUACAUCAGCCGGAGUUUCCACAUAUUAAUUCCGAGCAAGUUCAAGCAAUUAUUGACGAAGGUUUAACGAAAAAUAAUUUAAAAGUACGUUUAUCAACACUUCAACCGAGAAUUGUGCCAUCAGGUCCUCACAUAUCGAUGGUCCAUGACACUAGACAUUUAGUUAGUAACUCAGCCCGUAGACUAGAAGUACUUCGUAGUUGUGUUAAUUGUAUUUUUGAAAAUAAAAUAUCAGAUGCUCGUAAAACAUUUCCAGCAGUAUUACGCGCAUUAAAGAGCAAAACUGCUCGUUUAGCGUUAUGUAUGGAAUUAUCUCAACAUGUUAUCGGCAAUAAAGCAAUGCUCGAACAUCAGCAAUUUGAUUUGGUUGUGCGUUUAAUGAAUUGCGCGUUACAAGAUGACUCAGCUAUGGAUGAACACGGUGUAGCUGCAGCUUUACUCCCCCUAGCAACGGCAUUUUGCCGGAAAUUAUGCACCGGAGUGAUACAAUUUGCAUAUACCUGCAUUCAAGAGCAUGCUGUAUGGCAAAAUCAACAAUUCUGGGAAGAUGCUUUUUAUCAAGACGUACAGAAAGACGUAAAACGUUUGUAUUUGCCGGCUGAUAACUUAAUGAGGCUGGGAAACGAGGGACUGAUUAGUCCAAUUAGCCCAAGAGAGUAUAAAGAAUUUUCAUUACGUGAUCGUACUUCAAUGUACCGGAGUCAGGAGCCAUCAGCGUUAGAAAUAGCCGCUGAACAAAUGAGAAUAUGGCAUACUAUUGAUCCGGAUAAACAAAAAGAGCUUGUUGCAAGUGAAGAAAGCACGAUGUACAGUCAAGCUAUUCAUUAUGCUAAUAGAAUGGUCUAUUUACUGGUCCCACCAGACAUCAGUGCUAAAACACAUCGACAAGAUCACGUUUAUGAUGAUGAAAGAACAAGCAAUAGCGUCACUAAUAGCGUACCAAGCGAUAGUGGCGAUGCGGAAUCAGGUUUCGAGGAAACUGAUCCCGGCGAGACAGGCAUCGCUGUGAUAAGAAUGGUAUCACGAUUCGUCGAUCGUGUUUGCACAGAAGGCGGUGUCAGUGCUGAUCAUGUUCGAUGCCUUCAUCAAAUGGUUCCGGGUGUCGUUCACAUGCACAUUGAGACUCUUGAGGCGGUUUACCGUGAAAGUAAAACAUUACCACCGAUUCAAAAGCCGAAAAUACUCACACCGAACAUGUUACCUGGUGAGGAAGUUAUAAUGGAUGGUUUGAGAGUUUAUCUUCUUCCGGAUGGACGAGAAGAAAGCGUAGUAGGUCUUCCUAGAACACCACCACUCUUACCUGCCGAAGGUGCUAUAUUCCUCACUAAUUAUCGGAUAGUAUUUAAGGGUACACCUUGUGAUCCAUUUGCCUGUGAGCAAAUGGUUGUACGAGCUUUUCCAGUUACCUCUUUGACAAAAGAAAAGCGCUGUGCAGUUCAACAUCUAGUUCAUCUGGAUCAAUGCCUUCAAGAAGGUUUACAAUUACGCUCAUGCACUUUCCAACUUAUUAAAUUAGCUUUUGAUGAAGAAGUUACGCCAGAGAAUAUUGACACGCUGAGAAAACUUGUUAAUAAAGCACGGUAUCCACCUCAUAUAUUCCAUCAUUUUGCAUUUAACGGACAAAUUCUUGUUGCGCCAACGUCGCAUCAAAAAGGAAAAGAAAAAAAUGCAACAUUAAAGGGUUUUGCUAAAAAAACUCUGCUUAAAACAGCGAGAAAGGCUGGUUUUAAGCCUAAACAAUCAUCGAAAAGACAAAAAUAUGUACUACCUAAUAUGAAUCUCAAUAGUGGGAAUAAAUAUAUGACUUCGCCAGGUAGAAUGAGUCUUCCUGUGACUGACAAUAAUGAUUUGAGUCAUGAUGACGAUCUUAGCAUUGACGAAUUUGAAGUUACUGGUUUUAUAACAGCUCCACCAACCGACGCUAAGACUUUAGAACGAUUAUCAGAGCGUAGUUACGUUAGAGAUUGGUAUAGAUUAGGUCUAAGCCCAAAUAACUUACACAAUAAUCGCCGAAAUGAACCAUUUCGAUUGACCUCUGUGAACUGUGCAUACAUGAUGUGUCGUAGUUAUCCAGCAUUGCUUGUUGUACCAAAUUUAAUAACCGAUGAAAGUAUCAGAAGAUUUUGUCGCUUGUACAGACACAGUCGCAUGCCAGUUGCAACGUGGCGACAUCCACGAACAAAAGCUUUGUUAAUACGCGGAGCUGGUUACCACGGAAAAGGAGUUAUAGGAAUGUUAAAAGCCCAUCCAUCAACAGCGACCAAUCUUAAAACAACUUCAUCUGAAACAACAUCUACCUUAGAGCAAGAAAAAUAUUUAAUGGCAUUAGUUGCAGCUACUCCGGCUGCUGUUUUACGCCAAGGCUCUGCAUGGGGAAUGUCCGACAGUUCUCUGAGUAUCGACUCUUUACUGAUUGCCGCAGAAGACAGGAACAAUCCUACUCCUGAACAAUCAAGAAGAAAUCCAUUUAAUAAAGCAAUUGGUACUUUGAGUUCAUCUGCCGGAAAAGGUCCCAAGAAUUUCGGUCGCUGGGGUUCUUUGAAAGACAAACGACAUAAUUCCCAAGCUUCUUUGACAUCUGUAAAUCAACGUGGUACUGUCAGACAUUCAGCAGACUCUGACAGUGGUACUGAGUGUGUACAUACUUUCCAAAGAGCAGCUCUCUACAUUCUAGGUGAAAAAGCCCAUAUGAGAGGAGUUAAAGCCGAGUCAUCACCAAAAAUAGAUUUUAUACCCGUGGAAUAUUGUGAUUUAAGACACACUAAAACGGCGUUUAAAAAAUUAAUGCGAGCAUGUAUACCCAGUUCGUCUAAUGUUGAACCAGAUCAAAGUUUUUACAAGCUUAUUGAGAGCUCUGAAUGGUUACAACAGCUACAGAACUUGAUGCAACUUUCUGGUGCUGUAAUUGAUCUUAUGGAUGUUCAGGGCUCAUCAGUGGCUAUUUGCUUGGAGGACGGAUGGGAUACUACAACAACAGUGUGUUCUGUUGCUCAAAUAUGUCUCGAUCCUCACUACCGUACCAUUGAAGGUUUUAGAACUCUAAUUGAAAAAGAAUGGCUCGGCUUUGGACACAGAUUUGGCCAUCGCAGUAACUUGGCUGCCAAUUCACAAACUGCUAAUUUUACUCCGACGUUCUUGCAAUUUCUCGAUAUCGUUCAUCAAAUUCAGAAGCAGUUCCCUCUAGCUUUUGAAUUUAACGAUUAUUAUCUUAGAUUUUUGGCUUAUCAUUCAGUAUCCUGUCGUUUCCGUACCUUUUUAUUGGAUUGUGAGUUCGAUCGAGUCGAGUGCGGUAUAACAGCUGUUGAAGACAAGCGUGGAUCGCUUACGAGCCACCACAAAGGCGUAGAUACUGGCAGCGAUGACGAAAUUGUUUAUCCAGGUGGCAGGCUAGCCGGCACAAAUAUCGGUUGUAAUCUUGGUCUAAGUAUUUUUGAUUACAUUGAAAAACAGCACGCAAGAUGCCCGCUAUUUUUCAAUUUUAUGUACACACCAAAUUCGGAACAUCCUGUACUGAGACCUGUUUCCCAUUUACCAAGCUUAGACAUCUGGCAGUAUUACUUCGAAGAGGAAUUAGCUCACGGCCCGGCGUAUGAUCUUGAAAUACUUCAGCAAGAUUCACAGCAAGAGGAAGAAUCUGAAGCUGCUGACGGUACCGCUAAAAGUAGUCGUAAAAUAGUUACUUUAGGAUACGACAAUGUAAAUAGUAUGGUACCUGAUCAAUUUACGCACCUGCUUGAAGAGAUCCAUAAAUUAGAAACAGAACUAGGUCAUCUGCCACAAAAGUGGAAAAUUCUUUGGGAUAAAUUAGAAUUACCUAAUACAGAUUCACUUGCACGUCAUGUGUCUUUCAGUACAGCGUUGGUUAGAUAUCAUGGUAGAUUAAUUCACAAGCGUUCAACAUUAGAAUUGUUAUUGCGAGGCAAGUUGGCUGGUGGUAACAGUACAGGAAAUGAAAGCUCUGUUUACGCACAUCCUCAUAGAUUUGAGAGACUAGAUACCGCGACACCGACGCACUGUGAUGCUUGCUCUGGUGUUUUGUGGGGACCAGUCAAAGCCGGGUUAAGAUGUGUUGACUGCGGUCAUAUAUGUCACGACAAGUGUGCUGACAGUGUACCCAAAAAUUGUACCAAAUACAAAACUGCUGCUGAUAACUUGCAAUCUCACACUCUUACACGUAGUGGAAAUGAUACUGGAAGUGUCAACUCAAGUGUUGCUACUAUUCAAACAUCUUCCCAACAAUACUAUGAACAGUUUUCAAGUAAUGUUGCUGAAAACCGCACCCACGAAGGCUACUUGUAUAAACGUGGGGCGCUAUUAAAAGGUUGGAAGCAACGAUGGUUUGUUCUUGAUUGUAUUAAACAUCAGUUGAGAUAUUAUGAUGCAAUGGAAGACUCUCAUUGUAAAGGUUACAUAGAUCUAGCUGAAGUAGUUUCAGUUAAUCCAGCAGCACCAACACCGGGACCACCGAAGAAAACCGAUGAUAAAAUGCCGCUCGCUGUAGAUUAUCUGCACCCAUCUCCUCAAGAGGAAAAGAGGAAGCACAAGUUGAAGAGGUUGGUCCAAAAGCCUAACAGCUACUUUAUGGAUGUCAAAUGUCCAGGAUGCUACGCCAUAAAGACUAUUUUUUCACACGCUCAACGACCAGUUGAAUGUGACGGCUGCCGCACAAUUUUGUGCACACCCACCGGUGGAAAAGCUCGUUUAACCGAAGGAUGCUCCUUCAGAAGAAAAGUACAGUGUUAA